AUGCACGUAUUUACCAUUGGUUGUCGCCAUAUACAAACAUAUUUUGUUGGACAGGUAAAUGUCUCUAUCUCUGCUGGGGACAAUUACUGCAUUGAGGUUGUACUUCGCUGUUUCGCAACAGAAGGUGAUGGACUUGGGCCACACGAACUUAAUGAUGGUGGUGUUCUUGCUACAGUGGUGGCAGCUGGCUUCAAAGGUGAGCUUGUUCGAUUUCAAGCUGGAGUAACAAUGGAGAUCUCUCGAUUAGAUGCUUGGUAUUCAAGCAGUGAUGGUUCUUUGGAAGGUCCAGCGAUAUACAUUGUGAGAGGUCUUUGUCGUAGGUGUUGCAUUCCAGAAGUCGUUCUUCGGUGUAUGCAGGUUUCUGUUUCACUCAUGGAGUCUGGCAAUCCACCUGAAACGCAUGAUCAGUUGAUUGAACUCGUUGCAUGCCCUGAAACAGGAUUUCUCUAUUUGUUUAGUCAGCAUCAAUUGCAGGAAUUUCUACUAUUUGAGAGAGAAUACGAAAUAUGCAAAAUGGAGCUUCAGGAGGAAUUCACUUCUUGA